AUGGCCAAGUACAACAAGCUCCAGGACAAGCAUGUGCUUGUCAUCGGUGGUUCCGCUGGCAUUGGCAAGGCAGUUGCGGCUGCGUCACUUGAGGCCGGCGCUCGAGUCACCAUCUCGUCGUCGUCCAAGGCCCGUUUAGAUUCAGCCGUCCGUGAACUACAAUCCUCGACAGGCGCCGUCGGUCAGCGCAUUUCGGGCAUCGCGAUCGACCUCUCAGCCAAGGACACCAUCGAAACGAACCUGGAGCAGCUUUUCCAGUCUGCCAAGCAGGCGGGCCCGGUAGACCACGUCGUCUACACGGCCGGCGACAGCAUUCCGAUGACGCCCCUGAGCGAGUUCCAACCCGCGCAGGCUCACGCCGCAAUCCAGCUCCGCAUGAUCGCGCCGCUGAUGGUUGCCAAGGUCGCGGUGCGGCACCUGCCAUCGACGCGCGCUUCCAGCUUGACGCUGACAGGAGGGACCCUCUCAGAGCGGCCCGCUAAGGGGCUCGCCAUAGCCUCGUUCCUGUGCGGCGGCAUCCAGGCCGUGACGCGGGCGCUGGCAGUCGAGAUGGCGCCGGUUCGAGUCAACAUGGUGCGGCCCGGGCUCGUGGACACGGGCUUGCUGGACGGGCUGGGCGCCGAGGCCAAGAAGAGCUGGAUGGAGUCCGUUGAGGCCACGGUGCCCACGGGCAAAGUGGGCCAGGUCGAGGACGUUGCCGAGGCGUACCUGUGGUCGAUGAAAGAUGGGAACGCAUCGGGGACCGUCGCUGGGACUGACGGGGGUUUAUUGGUGGUGUAA